AGCAGCAAGACAGUCUGGGCGUGUGUUCUGCUCAAGGUUAUAUGUGACACUGGAGGUAGUCGCGAUAUAGAGAGCGUGCACGAUCGUGACUUUCGCCUUCACGAAGGCUGGAGCUUUAAAACCUCGUAAUUCUUUGAAGCCACAAUGGAUCAAGCCAGGACAACAAUAUCCAAAAUUUUCAAUGGGGAGCCACGCUCUUAUACGCGCUUUAACCUGACCCAGAACAUGGAGGGUGACAACAGCCAGGUGGAGAUGAAGCUCUCCUCAGACAUGGAUGAGGAGGUAGAGGCCAAUGGCGUUGGAGAAAACAUGAAUCAACAUAACGGUCCAUAUUACCCCAGCAAGCUAAGCCAGCGCUCUCCCAGAAACAUCUGCUUCAUUGUCAUCGGCAUUCUGCUCCUCUUCAUUUCUGGAUACCUCAUUGGUUACCUGUCUCACGGAGGUAAAAACAACACAAAGCCUGUUACUUGUCCAGACACUGUGGAAAAUAUCCCACUAGUAGCAGAUGCACCUGUGUUUUUGGACUGGAGUGAUAUAAGAGCAUUGCUGAAGAAAAAACUAACAACCUCCAACAUUAAAAACACCCUCAGGGAAUUCUCUAGUGCGAACCACCAGGCGGGCACGUCUGGAGAUGAGGCACUGGCUAAUAACAUCGUGGAAAAAUUCAAAGCUCUUCGAAUGGCCCCAUGGACGGAUGAGCACUACGUUAAGAUCGAGGUACCCAGUUCCUCAAAUAACAGAGUGCUGUUCCGUGGUAACGCUGUUGGAUCAACCGAGGGCUUUUUGGCUUACAGUGCAGCAAGAACAGCGGAGGGUCCUGCUCUCUAUGCUCACUAUGGAAGAUCAGAAGACUUCAGACGUCUCGAAGACUUGAAAGUCGACGUGAAUGGAAAGGUCGUCUUGGUCAGAGCUGGAAAAAUAGGUUUUGCUGAGAAGGUUGCUAAUGCUGAGAGAUUAAACGCCAGUGCUGUGUUGAUCUAUCCAGACCUUGUUGACUAUAAAAUUAAUUACGACACUGCUCUUUUUGGCCAUGUUCAUCUUGGAACUGGUGAUCCCUACACUCCAGGAUUCCCUUCCUUCAAUCAUACCCAGUUUCCUCCGGCUCGCUCCUCCGGCCUGCCUAAUAUUCCAGCUCAGACUAUCACCAUGAGACAGGCUACUGAAAUCAUGAAGAAGAUGGGCGGACAGGAUUCUCGUGACUGGAGUGAUGGACUUCUGAGGGAUGUCCUCUAUAGACUUGGUGAUGAUGGGGAUGUUAUCACAGUCGAAGUAAACAAUGUCCUCACUGAGAAAAAAAUCCACAACGUGUUUGGAGUCAUUAAAGGCUACGUGGAUGCAGACCAGUAUGUUGUGAUUGGAGCACAGAGGGAUGCCUGGGGCUCUGGAUAUGCCAGAAGCACAGUUGGCACUAGUUUGCUGGUUGAGUUGGCCAAAACUAUCACCAACAUGAUCAAGAAUGACGGACUCAAGCCAAAGAGAAGCAUAGUGUUUGCUAGUUGGAGUGCUGGUGAAUUUGGACAUGUUGGCGCCACAGAGUGGUUGGAGGGCUACUUGACUUCGUUAAAUAUGAAAGUGGUUUCUUAUAUCAGCCUCGAUGGAGUUGUUUCAGGUUCUGAGUCUUUCAAAGCGUCUGCCAGCCCACUCUUGUAUGAGUUAAUUGCGAGUACUAUGAAACAGGUCUCCUCUCCAAUUGAUGAAACCAAAUCCCUCCAUGAGCAUUUUUCUGCAUCCAACUGGGAAAAUUCAAUAAUAGAGCCCAUGGGUUUGUCUGACUCCAUCUAUACGUUCCAAACCUUCUCUGGUGUCCCGUCAUUCUCGUUUCGAUUUACUUCGAGUUCAAAGCUGUACCCAUAUGGCACCUUUGAGGAUACUGAACAGAAUUUGGAUCGGUACACUUCUGACAAAACUGUCAAACUGGCCAAGGCGGCGGGCGAGGUGGCCGGGCUGGUUACUCUUCGGCUCGUACACGACCACUUGAUCAGGCUGAAUGUGGCAAAGUAUACAAAUCUCAUCCACAAAUAUGUGUCCCAAAUCAGCUCUAAAGUUGAAACACUCCAAGGGUCAGGACGCCUACCAAACAAUUUGACUGUGCUGUGGCUUCUGUCAGCUCAGGGCUCAUAUGAUCGUGCCACAAGCGCCCUUGUUACUGCCAUACGCAACAGCAAUCUUGACGACCUGGAGCAGUGUCGCAUCAUCAACAACCGCAUCAUGAGGGUGGAAGGAAACCUCCUUUCCCCGUUUGUGUCUCCGCGGGAGAGUGCGUUCCGGCACAUACUUCUAGGUUCUGGGGAGCAUACUCUGGCAGCUCUGUUGGAUCACCUCAACACUAUUAAAGAAGGCCUAGAAUCUGCCAACGUGGAUCAAUUCAAGAACCAGUUUGCUUUGGCCACUUGGACCAUCCAAGGCUGUGCCAAUGCACUUGCUGGCGAAGUGUGGGAUUUGGAUAAUCAAAUUUAGGCAAACAGAUCUCUCCCUUUAUGCGCUAAGCAUCACUCAAUAUCAAAGAGGACGAUUCAAAUAAUUCAAAUUGUAUGGUGCUCCAUUAUUCAUUUUACAGGUUUACCUCAGUGUUUUUCAGUGAGACUGCAGUCAAAAUUACGUUUAACUCAGUUUGUGGAGUACAUUAAAGCCUAGUUUAGACAAAUUUGGAAUGUAUUACUGUUUUGUUAUUUUCUUUGACACUCCUUUGAGGAACUUCUUGAGUAAUGCCUGCCAGUCUGGAGUUGAAGCUUGAUGAUUUACAAUCGACCAUUGUCAAUUUAAUGUCUGUAUCCAACUCACCGGUGCUCUUACAGUACAACACCUUUAAAGGCAUGAUGUUUUCCAUCAGGUUUUCGGUCGGAUACUCUGUUUUGGAUAAAUGUCUAUUUACAGGUCAAUUCUGACAUAUAAUACAGAAUGGAAGUAGGAAGAAGCCUUGUUAUGUGGCUUUGAAAUCUCUAUUUAUUAGUUUUUUUAUUUAUCAGUGACAGAGAUCACUAUAAAUAGCUUUUGUAACGCCUUUUUUACCAAAUGUAUAAUUAUCGGAAGCAGUGCCUUCCAUAAUUAUGACAGUUAUACUGUCGAAAUGUGAAAGCAGCAUCUGCUAUGGAGAUAACUUUGUUUUAAAAGCUAUGACCAGAGACUGACGUGGUGCACUAAACUACAGCAACAACAAAACAAUUGGCACUCAUUUCACUUAGAUUAAAUAACAGUCUCUACAGUAUUAUUCCUUUUAAAACAAUGUUAUACCUGAUCCAGAAUCAUUAUCGGGAGCAGUGCCUUCCAUAAUGCGAAGAUGAUGAUGGUAGUUUUUGCCUACCGACGUGCUGAUAUUGAGGGCAGUGCCCCUCAUAUUUCACUGUGGUGUGGAUGUUAUCGGGAACAGUGUUUCCCAUGAUGUACAAAUCGUCUGUAUUCACACACUCUUACCGUGCUAGAUAUCUGUUGCGAGUCAUGUAAUCUAUUGACAGUUUGUCAUUCAACAAUCAAGUGCUCUUACCUUUUUCUGCCUGGGAUUCAUCAAAUGAGGAACGAGUGAAGAGCACAAACUAGAAAUGUUCUGCGCGUGAUUUAGUGAAGGAUUUCUAUAAGAUUCUGUUCUUUCAUUCAGUUUCCACCUUUUUGUUUCUGAUGUAUGAUUUACUAAUGUGUGCCGUUUAUAUUAUGACUUAAGCUUGGUAGAUAGUUGUCUUUUCUGUUUUCUCUUCAUUCAUUUAUUUUGCUUUGUGUGUAUUUGACUAGCAAAUCAAAUUGAGGUUAUACAAUGAAACACUUCAGAUAAUUGCUUUCAUAAGUUCACCUCUGAUGCAUCAUUAAUGUAUAUCAAGAGAAAUCUAUUUGAAUUGGUUUGGAAGUGGAAAUAUUAUGCAAUGAAACAACAUUCAUGUGUGAUUUUGAAAUGUGUGCUGUUUGAACAGAACAUGCUUAAUAGUGAAAAGAUGAAAGUAGAGAUUAAACAUUAUCUGCUUACAAGUUACACUGUUUUAUGACUGUCUCAGACCACUGUGAUUCUGAUGCAUUGGACUAAAAUUAAAAUUAAAAUAAAACCCCAAGUAUUCAAAUAUAUCAGGUAGGUAUUCAGAACUAGGCAGGAAGUGAUCCAAAUUGUCCUGCAAAUGGGAGUGACAGAGUCCAGGUAGAGGUCAAACACAAACAUGUUACAGAAUGGCAAGCCAAAUCAUUAAGAAAGUGAGGAGGUCAACAACGGGUUAAAACCACUGUAAAUGCUGAAGUAAACACUGAAACCGAGAGCAGAGAAGCAGCACAUAGACAGAUCAUAAAUGUGUUGUGAGUGAGUGUCAAAUGUGCAGUGGAUCCAAACAUAUGAAGGGUCCGAAUCAUAUCAGGCUGGAUUUCUGGCACAUAUCUUAUGGAAAUGUUUCUGGAAAAUGUAUGCAGUCAUUGUACCUGUCAUGGUUUGCGAUGUCUAAAGUAGCUUUGUUGUUCAUUCCUAGACUAAUUCUCAUGUUAAAUCUGAUAAUGAUUGAUAAUUGAACUGGUCAUAUUUAAAACAUUUGACUCAUAAUCCGGAUUUCAAUUUGAAUAGACUAGCCAUGUCAAUAAAAUUAAACAGCUACAUUGUGCAUAAUAAAUAAUACAUAAACAAUAUUAAUAAAUAAAAACUGACAACAUGCUUUGUGUUGGUUUAACCUUUCUGAAUGUUGGUAAUGUCUUAAGUAGAUAUUAGAUUUAGUAAAUUGUACUAUUUUGAAAAUUGAACAUAUACAGUACCACUAGAGUCUUAGAAUUUCUAAAUGUAUUUACUAUUUAUUUACAGAUAUACAAACUGUAUGUUUUAGCAGUUGUAAGGCGCAAUGCAAUGUUUUAUAAUGUCCGCAUGAUGGAGCUAGAGCACUCUUAUUAAAUGUGAUUUUAUUAUCGUCAUAAGCAUUAUUCUGAGGUU